GUGGGUGUAGACGCCGCUUGGCGUUGGGGAGGCGGGUAGAGCACUUGGCGUCGGGCCUUCGGCCGCGUUAUUUCGGGAGGCCUCUCUUUGAGAGACUAGGAUGUCUAAAAUCGGUCCCUACUUUCUUAACUGGCUCCGACAUCCGGGUUCUUUUUUCUCCCGGGGCGCCGUUCGUGCGCGUGGACUAAUUGGAAUCGCCUCUUGGUACGCUCCGCCUGCCGGGACUCGUAGGGCAUUCUGGGAUUGGUAGUUACCUUCUAUAUUCCCCUAGCACGCGGGCUGGAGAAGUGGAGUUCUAUGCUGGCUUUGUUGCCAAGCUGUGCCCUCAUUCCCCCCAUUCCGAGCUUACCCAGUUUACUCUUGGAAGGAUCCCAGAGCUCUGAUCAGAGCCCAUCAGGCCUUUAGAACCAAGAAUUUUGGGAAACAGGGCUGAAGUCGCCUCUUUCUCUCCCUUUAAGCCGUGAGCAUCUCACACCAUGGCAGUUCCUGAGACCCGUCCCAACCACACUAUUUAUAUCAACAAUCUCAAUGAGAAGAUCAAGAAGGAUGAGCUCAAGAAGUCCCUGUAUGCCAUCUUCUCCCAGUUUGGCCAGAUCCUGGAUAUUCUGGUGUCUCGGAGCCUGAAGAUGAGGGGCCAGGCCUUUGUCAUCUUCAAGGAGGUCAGCAGCGCCACUAAUGCCCUGCGUUCCAUGCAGGGGUUCCCCUUCUACGACAAGCCCAUGCGCAUCCAGUAUGCCAAGACUGACUCGGACAUAAUUGCCAAGAUGAAGGGCACCUUUGUGGAGAGGGACCGCAAACGAGAGAAGAGGAAGCCCAAAAGUCAGGAGACACCAGCUGCCAAAAAGGCUGUUCAGGGUGGGGCAGCUGCCCCUGUGGUGGGCGCUGUUCAGCCUGUACCGGGUAUGCCGCCCAUGACUCAGGCUCCCCGCAUCAUGCACCACAUGCCAGGCCAGCCUCCUUACAUGCCACCACCUGGCAUGAUCCCACCACCGGGCCUUGCUCCUGGCCAGAUCCCUCCUGGGGCCAUGCCCCCGCAGCAGCUCAUGCCUGGACAGAUGCCGCCUGCCCAGCCUCUCUCCGAGAAUCCACCCAAUCACAUCCUGUUCCUCACCAACCUGCCUGAGGAGACCAAUGAGCUCAUGCUGUCCAUGCUUUUCAACCAGUUCCCUGGCUUCAAGGAGGUGCGUCUGGUCCCUGGGCGGCACGACAUUGCCUUUGUGGAGUUUGACAACGAAGUGCAGGCUGGGGCAGCACGAGAUGCCCUGCAAGGCUUUAAGAUCACUCAGAACAAUGCCAUGAAGAUCUCUUUUGCCAAGAAGUAGCGCCUUCCCCCACGGGGCGUCCCUGUCCCCAUUCUGGGGCUGCCCCUUAUCCCCCCUUGGCUCAGUCCCUGAAGGUAAGUCCCCCUUGGGGGCCUUCUCAGAGCCGCGUGUGAGUGUGUGGUUGACACACAGCAUUGUACCCAGAGUCUGUCCCCAGACAUUGCACCUGGCGCUGUUAGCUUGUGAUUAAAGUGGUUUUUUUGAGGGUUGGUAUUUUACCACUAUUGUCUGUUUUAUUUUGUCUUCCUUGGUUCCCUCCACAUGGAGAGGUUUGAUCUCCUGGCCUCUGUGGGUUCACUCACAAUCUUGGAAAAACACGAGUAUAACGAUAUUAACCAUACUUAAGCUACAUUGACAGCUUCGGCAGGGUGGUUUUUUUUUUUUGGUCUCAAAUUAUUGAGGACAGGAAAGAAGACACCGGUGUGUAUUUGGGCAGGUCGUGAGCUGCACAAGGAUAUUACUGUUCAGAAGGGCACAUCAGAGGCCUGCUUCUGAGCCGGCUUCUGCAUGCUAUUACAGAGGAAUGGCUCACUGAAGACUGUCCCCAUGGCAUUUGAAGGAGCAGGACAGAGCUGUUGCUUGUUUCACUAAGGGAUUCCCAUGUUGUUGCAAACAGGCAAGUGGAAACAUCUCUUUCCACAUUGGCCUAAUGACUGUGACAUGUGGGUUCUGUGGUUAGCCCAUCUGAUUUGUAGUAGUUUGGGGCCUCCCUAGCUGUCACUCAGUGGGCAGUUAAGUGUCCCCACUGUGAGGUUUUUUCUUCCUGUGUGAGAAGUCUUGUUCCUGCCAUGAUGAUGACCAUGUUUGUUCCCACGAACACCACCAGGCACCGUGCCAGCAAUCAGCAGAUUCAGUAUAUACUUGCUGGAUACUAGUAGAUGCUGAAUAAAACUUGAGAGCGAAAAUUAAAGCUGAUAGGCAGGCCUGUGGUCCUAGUACCUAGAAGGCUGUGGUAGGGCGAUUGCCCUGAGUUCCCCGGCAGUCUGAGCUGCUGUGGUGGGGCCGUAGAGCUGGGAACAGUAGGCUAAUCAGGGGAAGUUCCUCUGAGGAGGUGUCCUAGGUGGAGCCGCUAGUGCUGGGUUUGUAGAGGUGUUUAUUUAUCUCCACCCCCUGAUAAACUCCUUUCUGACUAAGCCAGUGUGUGACCAUUGCCUGCCUGCCACGAGGUUGUGCCUGGCAGGCUCAGAGGUCAGGGUGCCCUGAGUCACUGCUGUGAUCUUGACAAGUGACUGAACUUGGGGCCAGUUUUCUCUUCUGCAGGACAGAAAAUGAAAGUCAAAGCACAGCAGUGUAGAGUGGCCAGUACGGCCCGAAGCUAAGGUGGUCUUGGACCAAGUGCCCUGGCUACUCGACCACCAGAGUAGCCGUCAGUGCAUUUCUGGAGGCAGUGCCGAGAUCCUGAAGUGGGGGUGCUUUAGUGCUUGAGCU